UAUAGUUAAUAUUAUUUAUUUUAUUUAUAAUUAUAAUGUACUGAUUGCAUCGUCAUAUUGUACUCAGUCAGUACUCAUUUAUUAUUUUAUAAGCUACGAGACAACAAAACACUGGUUCAAAGGUUUUGAUUUUCGACAUUCAACGUUAAAAGAUGACCAAUACACCUAAUGCGUUUGAUUACCUGAUGAAAACCAGGUCCAGUACCACUAGUACUAGUAACACUGAUAGUGAGGAUAUUGACAAUCCUGAUGACAGAUCUAUAAUAAAUCAUGGCCAAGAAGAAGAAACACCACAUUAUUUUCAACAAAAUCUUCUUUAUAAUUUUUUUAUAAAAGUUAGUCCGGAUACAUCUAAGUGUGUUACUUGUAAUAAAAUCUUACAAACUCCGAAAUCCACUACUACAACAUUAAAAAGGCACCUUAAAACACAUUCAAAACAAUUUUUAAUGUACCAAAAAUCUUUGGAAGAAAAAUUAUUGAAGAAAAAAGAAACUGAAGUUAUAAAAAGAAAAAUUGAAGAGACACAACUCAAUAUUGAAAAUGCAUUUAAGAAAAAAUCAUUUUUUCCACCAAAUAGUUCUAAUGCUUCUAAAAUUACAAAAAAAAUUGCAGAAAUGAUUGCCAUAGACUAUCAACCAUAUUCAAUAGUGGAAGAUCGUGGAUUUAAAAAUUUGAUGGAAACUAUUGAAUGCAGAUACCAACUUCCAACAAGAAAAUAUUUGUCUACAAAAGAGAUCCCUCAACUUUAUUUAAAUCAAGUAGCCACACUUAAAACAGAAAUUGAUACAGAUUUAAUUGAUGUUCAAUCAAUUUCGUUUACCUUUGACAUUUGGACAAGUUUGUCUCAGCAACCUUAUAUGUCACUCACCAUGCAUUAUCUCAUUAAACAUUUUGAGCUGAAAAACAAAACUUUGGGCUGUACAUAUUUCCCAGGAGAACACACUGGGCAAACAAUAUUUCUCAAAAUUAAAAAUAUGGUUUCAAAAUGGGGCAUAGAUGCUGAAAACUCUAAUACUCCAAUCUACAUUGUGACUGAUAAUGCUAGAAAUAUUGGUAAUGGAUUUACACACUUCAAUGAAAACCAACAUUUGCAUCACAUUCUGUGUACAGCGCACACAUUACAGUUAGCAAUUAAUGAUGCAGUAAAAGAAAAUAAUAUGGGAGAUGUUUUGAAGAAAUGUCGUUCUUUGGUCUCACAUUAUAACCACAGUGCCAAAUCAUAUGAACGAUUGUAUGACAUCCAAACAAGAUUAAAUUUACCUCAGCAUAAACUUAUUCAAUCUAUUGAUAUCAGGUGGAACAGUAUAUAUUUAAUGCUUGAUCGUAUACUAGAACAAAAAAGUGCAAUAACAUUAGAUUUACAAAAUAUUAAAAAAAAUGGAUUUGUACCUAGAGAUUGGAAAUUAAUUGAAGGUUACGUAGAAGUGCUAAAGCCCAUUUUUGAAGCCACCAAGGAACUUUGUCAAGAAAAAAUUCCUACUUUAUCUAUGGUUAACCCAAUCUUAUGUACUAUAGAAACCAAAUUGAAAAAUUUCAUUUCCAAAAAUAAUGACUUAAUCAGUGGAAUAUCAUUUGCAAGAAGUGUGCACAAAUCAAUGAAUACAAGAUUUCAAGUAUGUAAAACUAAUACUGUAUACAUGUUGGCUACAAUUAUAGAUCCAAGAUUCAAAAUUGUUAUGUUGGAACCACAUGAAGUAGAUACAGCAAAAGAAAUACUUAAAACAGAAGUUGAAGCUCUUAGAACACCACCAUCCAAUUUACAAAUUACAAAUGAAACAACAGAGCAUACAUUAGAGCCAAGUAAAUCUUCAUUAUGGGAUAUUCUUAAUGAGCGAUCAGCCACUAUAAAACAUAUGGAGGGCCAGAUAGAUUAUGUUUUGAGAGAAAUUCAGGAAUAUUUAAAACUACCACUGAUUUCUCCAACUUCAAAUCCCUUAACUUGGUGGAGCUCUAACCAAACUACAUUCCCAAAUUUAGUACCAGUUGCUAUGAAAUAUCUAGGUAUUCCUGCCACGUCUGUUUGCUCUGAGCGCAUGUUCUCUAAAGCAGGACAAAUUGUUAGCAAGAGGAGACAGAGACUUAGUCCUGAAUCAGUAGAAAAAUUAUCUGGUACAAUGUACACGAUAAAAAGUAUUGAGUUCGAGUUCGAGUUCGACUUAAAAUGA